UGCAGCCCCGCGUGUUCCCCAGCCGUGCCCGGCGCCGCGCUGACCGCGCUCUCGCUGUGUUCCAGACCAAGUACACGCUGAUCGACGAGCAGGACAUCCCGCUGGUGGAGAGCUACUCCUUCGAGGCUCGCAUGGAGGUGGAUGCUGAUGGAAACGGUGCUAAAAUCUUCGCUUACGCCUUCGACAAGAACCGAGGCCGGGGCUCAGGCCGCCUCCUGCACGAGCUGCUCUGGGAGAGGCACAGGGGAGGGAUUGCUCCUGGCUUUCAGGUGGUGCAUCUGAACUCGGUGACCGUGGACAACCGCCUGGACAACCUGCGCCUCGUGCCCUGGGGCUGGAAGCCCAAGGCUGAGGAAAUCUCCAGCAAACAAAGGGAACAAAGCCUGUACUGGCUGGCAAUCCAACAGCUUCCUACAGACCCCAUAGAAGAGCAGUUUCCUGUCCUGAAUGUAACCAGAUAUUACAACGCUAAUGGGGAUGUUGUGGAGGAGGAAGAGAACUCCUGCACUUACUAUGAAUGUCACUACCCUCCCUGCACAAUGAUUGAAAAACAGCUGCGCGAGUUCAACAUCUGCGGGCGCUGCCAGGUGGCGCGGUACUGCGGCUCGCAGUGCCAGCAGAAGGACUGGCCCGCCCACAAGAAACACUGUCGGGAGAAGAAAAGGACCUUCCAGCAGGAGCUCGGACCAGAACGAUGACCGGGUGGCAGAGGCCUCUCAGCAGCAGGAUUCCUCCCCGAAGGCAUUGGACUCUUGCUUUUGCACAGUAUGACAGACUGCUUAUCAAAGCCAGAGGCACUGAAGACAAACCCUGUGAUGCUUGAGCAGAAUGGCUGACUGGACUAAGCCAGCUCUGACUGGUGCUGUGGAAAGGGAUCGGGUCUGCCCUUCCAGUAUUAUAUUCUCAAGCAAAAAGACUACUGUGGAGGCUCCAGGCAGGAAGCUUCUCAUUAUUUAUAUGUUAAUACGUUUGUAAACUCAUGUACAGUUUUUGUUAGGAAUUCUUGAUAGCACUCAUUAACUGUAAUGUUCAGAUGAGAACAUGUUGUUGGCCUAAAAGUUUAAAAAAAAAAAAAAAAAAAAAAA